AAUAAUUUUUGCCCUAAUACAUUCACUCCACAGGCCGCCGCCGCGCCAGGUUAGGUUCUCCUCCGUCUUCUUCUUCUUCCCUAAUUCUUCCUUUCUUCUUUCUUCUUCUUCUUCACAGGCGCCGCCGCAGCCACACCGUUCUUCCUGUAUUUUCUUCUUCCCCAAUUAUUUCCUUUCUCCCUUUCUUCUUUACUCCUUCUUCACAGUCGCCGUCCCCAAUUCUUUUCUUUCUUCCUCCUUCCUCGACUUACAAAACUUGAUUCCAUAACCCUAACCCUAAACCUAUAAGAGAGCGUCGGAAGCAUCAAUGGCGGGAGGGAAAAUUAGGAAAGAGAAGCCGCACAGGGGAGGUGCCACUGCGGCGUCGAGUCCCCACUUUCAGGGAGGGAUUCCCUUCCACAAGUCGAAAGGCCAGCACAUACUGAAAAAUCCGCUGUUGGUCGAUUCGAUUAUUCAGAAAUCCGGAAUCAAACCUACCGAUGUCAUACUCGAGAUCGGUCCAGGUACGGGGAAUCUCACGAAGAAGCUCCUUGAAGCUGGGAAAUCAGUCAUCGCGGUGGAGCUUGAUCCGCGUAUGGUUCUCGAAUUACAACGUCGUUUUCAAGGAACCCCCUCGUCGAGUCGCCUGAAGGUAAUUCAAGGAGAUGUUCUGAAAUGCGAUCUUCCCUACUUUGACAUCUGCGUUGCGAACAUCCCAUAUCAGAUUUCAUCUCCACUCACGUUCAAAUUAUUGUCCCAUCGCCCAUUAUUCCGAUGCGCAGUAAUAAUGUUCCAAAGGGAAUUUGCCAUGAGGCUCGUCGCUCAGCCUGGCGACAAUCUAUACUGCCGUCUUUCAGUCAACACUCAGCUCUUGGCUCGAGUUAACCACUUACUGAAAGUGGGAAGGAACAAUUUCCGGCCUCCACCAAAGGUGGAUUCUUCAGUAGUCCGAAUCGAGCCAAGGAAACCUCUCCCCCCUGUAAAUUUCAAAGAGUGGGAUGGCUUGGUUCGGAUAUGCUUCAACCGGAAAAACAAAACUCUUGGCGCCAUAUUUAAGCAAAAGACCGUCAUCUCAUUGUUGGAGAAGAACUAUAAAACCUUGCAGGCUUUGCAGCUGACCCCGGAUGGAAUUUCUGACGACAAAGAAAUGGCAGUGUGCUUGUCUGCUUUGGGGGACACCCUCGGCGACAUGAGCAUGGACACUGAUGACAGAAAGGAUUGUGAGGAAGAAGACAUAGAAAUGGAUGAUGAGGAGACAAUGGCAGCCUCGGAUUUUAAGGAGAAAGUAACGAGUGUAUUGAAACAAGGAUGUUUUGAGGAUAAAAGAGCGGCGAAGCUGACACAAGCGGAUUUUAUGCAUCUGCUUUCUCUAUUUAACAAAGCCGGGAUUCAUUUUUCUUAGGUAAUAAAUAAUAAGACCACAUUUUAUCUAUCUAUCUACAGUUUUGUUUCAGAUUCAUAUGCUUUUAUGAUCAAUUACGUGUGUUUCGGAACUUGGGUCUUUUUGUUGUCUAAAUUAUGCAUAGCAAUCGGCCUGAUCAUUUUUUUCUUUUUACGUUUAUAUUGAGGAAAUUCAAGAUUAUGUGAUGUUGAGGUUGAUGUUUAUAUUUGGAUGAUCAUUUUUAUAAUGCACGUUGUUUGUAGCGUGUC